CCAGAAUCUAGCUUCAGGGCCCUUGUCUAUGAGAGGGUCUUUGGAGGGCGACAGCCAGCUGGUGUGCACGCAUUGCUUCUCGACCUUUUUUGUCAUAAGCGGGUUGCUGCAGAAACGAUAAUGGCAUUCAUUCUCGAAUACCUUUCUUAUGCCUGGAACAAGAACAAUGAUGAUGCUGCCUCGUACAAGGAGUGGACUGAGUUCCUUGAUGUCGCGGAAAAGGACCGCAGGCGCGAUCGCAUCAUCGCUUGGCGCGAGCGCGUUAUGUACGAUGACUAUGCGGUGAAUUCCGAGGAGCCGAUUGUGUACAAGCGUACAGCCGGGUUCGUUUGGCGUGAAGUGGACCACACCGGAAAGCACAAGAAUCGCAACCACACGUACCUGUACAACCUUCACUCAUUUGGUCACCGGGUCUACACUCGACGCGACCCAGCGGAGAUUGCGGCAGCUGCGAAGUCUGUCGAGGAUCGUGUCAGCCAAGGGGAGCUAGGCGGACUCUCCCCGUUGGCAUGAACGACUUUUUGUCUGAACGACUCAUCUGCCAUCUGGCUCCCAGGCUGGCUUCUGGGGAAACCAUCUGAGCACGUGCUCUAGCCGAUGGCUGUCUGAUGGUGACCAGGUGUGCAGUAGUGGCUAGUGCCAGACUUCGCCAAAUCCCUGCCCCAUGGCGCUCUAAUGCAAGGUUCAUUCUUCCUGCCUGGCGGCUAUCAAACCGCGGGCCACAGGCCAUUGGACAUUGAAAACCUAAUAUGGCAGAUGUGGCCGUACAUUUACCCGUUUGCAAUGCUUUGCUGUCCGAAAUGCUGUUGGAUGGAUUGAUGGGAGCUGACUGGCGAAGUAGCGCCCAGUGUGGAGGUUGCCAGUCCGUUUCAGGGGCAGAUUGGCCAGUAGGCCUACUGGCGAAGCAAGGUCAGGGGAGAACGCUUCGCUCUUUCUGGUUAGCUAGCUGCUUAUCCACCAUAUAUAUGCGUGUGGAUUUAAUAUCCUUCACGGAAAAAAAGGACUGCUGUCGAAAAGGCGUUGCUAUCUGGGUACUGUAAAGUGGAGCGUG